AUGAAUAGCAAACACCUCGGCCGAACGAGUGGAAUGUCGGCAAUCCUGCGAGUCAGCCCCAUGAAAGUAUCCUUGAAUGCCAAGCAGGUUCAGGAUUCUCUUCUGUUCCGCGAGAUUUGGCUUCCGUCAGAUGAUGACGAAUCUGACUCCGUAACUCCUCCCCCACAGCCAGAGCAGCCCGAGGCCCAAACCUACAUCGUGCAGCGAUACCAACAGGUGGCAUCCACAUCAGCAUUCCCUUGGAAUACCACAAUUGCCGUCGAAAAACUGGAGAUUACGCUUGACUUGGGAUCGACGCUAGGCAAAGCCCAAUUUGCAAUUGAUAAUGCUUGGGUAUCCUCAAACAAGACCUCGGAUCGUGAGCAAAGCAUGUGUAUCAACUUCGACUCCGUUGGCAUUGAGUGCAAGGGUCGCAUGGCCGGGAUCGUCGAGCUACGCUCCUUCAAGGUCCACACCUCCAUCAAAUGGCCCGAAGAGACUGCUGGGAACACGCCUCUUAUCCAGGCCUCGAUCGCUUUCCAUCAUCUGCAAGCCAAGGUAUCCUUUGACUACCAGCCUUUCUUGGUCGCCCAUGUGACCAAAUUCGAUUUCCUCAUGUACAAUGUGCGCGAGGCUCCAGGCAAAGGAGGCGAAAGACUGUUCAGUGUUCUGGAAGGUGAUGAGGUCCAGGUAUUCUGCACGUCUCUGACUGCGUCCCAGACGUUGGCGCUUUUCCAGGCCUGGCAACGUUUGGUGCAAGAUAAACAAUCGGCCUACGAGGCAUCUUUGCGAGAGGUGGAGCGGUAUCUUCGCCGCAAAUCCUCUGCGGUCCCUGGCCGGAUAGAGGCUCGCAGUAAGGAAUUGGCCCAGAAAGACGAGGAGGUGGAGCGCGCACCUGGCUCUCUUCACACCGGAGUGGUGGUCAAUAUCCGGCAUGUCGAUCUCGGAGCCUUCCCCAGCUCGUUCUUUGACAACCAGAUCUUCAAGGUCGAGGCGCACGAUGCACAGGCCCGAUUUACCGUGUCUCUUGAAUCCAACAAGAUUCACAGCGCACUCGGUCUCACGCUCGGCCAACUGCGCGUGGCUCUCUCUGGGAUCAACCGCCCAGCUUCUGCCAACCUGGACGAGCUGUCUGUCGACGCGAUCGCCCAACGUGCCGCUGGCUCCCGUGGUGGCACCAUUCUCAAGGUGCCCCGACUGGUGGCUGGUAUGGAAACCUGGCAGGUGCCUGGAACGCGACAGAUCGACUACAUAUUCCACAGCACGUUCGAAGGCAAAGUGGAUGUGGGCUGGAACUACUCGCGCAUCAGCUUCAUCCGUGACAUGUGGGAGUCGCAUUCACGGGCGUUGGCCUCCCGACUCGGCAAGCCUUUACCCCCGUCAGCCGUCCGAAUCACAGGGGGAACCGGGAACGGCGGCGGCCAGGGAGAAGGAGGGGGUGCGGGUGCCGAGCAGCAGGACAAGAUUACGGCCGUGGUCAAUGUGCCGCAAAGCAAGUACACCUACACGGCAUUGGAGCCGCCCGUGAUUGAAACGCCACAACUGCGGGACAUGGGCGAGGCAACACCGCCACUGGAAUGGAUAGGGUUGCAGCGUGAUAAGCUGCCUAAUGUCACACAUCAGAUCAUCAUUGUGACUCUGUUGGAGAUUGCCAAGGAGGUAGAGGAUGCGUAUGGAACGAUUUUGGGGACUUGA